AUGGCCAGCGAGAGUGCGCUCCCGCCUCCCGUUCGGCGGAGCAAGCCGAUGAAGCUGUCCGACCUGCCGUCGGCUUUGCUCGAACGCGUGCUCGCGCUGGCCUUGCGAGUCGGACCCGCGUCGACGUCAACUCAGCCAUUGACAUGCGCCGACGCCGCACUCGAGCAGCAACGCAGUCUAGCUCGGACGCUGCUGUACGACUUGCGCAACCGUCGGUUGGCUCAGCAUACGAAGAAGGUGCUGUGGUCAACGUUGACGCUCCCUGACGAUGAUGUGCUGGUCGUGCACGCCGAAAUGAUGAUCAGUGCCACCCACGGUGGAGCCGACUCGAUCGCCCUCGAGGGGUCCGAGCUGGCGACCAAGGUAGCCGCCGACGCCCAGAACAUCAAGUCGGUGGCAUCACUCUACACGGAUGCCACCAUUCCUCAGCUGGUUCGGCAUCUACACAUCACCAGGGCAGAGUGCCUCACCAGUGGCGCCGUAGAGUCCCGUGCGCUCGGUCACAGCUCAAACUCGUCCUCCCAAUCUGCCCUCGCGCCACUGGAGAACCUCCACCGGCAGCGACACCCCGCUGGCGACGAGUUGAGCACCUCUACUUGGCCUUUUCAACCCAUCGAUGACGGCGCACUUUUGCACCUCGUGUCCAAGUUAAUCUCGCUGAGCUCGUUCGAAUGGGCCGCAUCUCGUCAUCCUCCUCGGAUGCUCUGUUCGACGCUCGGAGCGUCCUCCAAAUCGCUCACCUCGUUCAAGUUUGACCUCACCGAAGCUAUCGACGCUCGUGAACCGACGUCUACUUCACCCACCACCGUGAACUCGCCCUCUCGAGCGGUCUCGACGAGCGCCACCAACUUGUCCGCCGGUCGGAUCCAACGAUGGGACGCUCCCGAGCUCUCGGCACUUCCGCUGUCGCUCACCCACCUCGCGCUCUCGUUCCUCUCGCAAGUCGGCGCACAAGAACUCGCCGCGGCUUUGCCCUCGCUCCCCGCUCUUGAUCACUUGGAGCUGGGCAAGAGCGUCUAUAUCGAUGAUCCCCUCCUCGCCGAGGUUGGGAAGCAUGUCCCUCGACUCAAGCGGCUGCGGCUGUACAACCUCCCCGGAAGCAAGUUGACCGAGGUCGGACUGGGGGACGUCCUCGAUGGAUGCUCGACACUCGAGAGCCUGGAGCUGUGUUGUGUCGAGGGUGAGCACAAGGGGUAUUACCAGACGUCAUCCACUGAGUGGAAGUACUGAGUGUCUUUGACACCUCACAGGACGACUCUCCAAAUCAACCUGGAGCAAGGUCUCCCCGCUGCCCGAAUCACUCAAGACCCUCGUCCUCCUUUACCAUGAGCUCCCCUCGCCGCCGCACAAAUCGUGGGUGUUGGACCACCUCAGCUCUCUGGCUAUGGCACUCGAGUUCUCAUCGCUGCAAUCGUUGAUCAUAUCGCGCAAAGUCGAAGAUGUCGUGCGGCUCCCCGGUCAGCACUGGACCUCGAUUCAUCCCAUCGACCCCGUUCUAGCCCCCCGACCCCUGCCCACUGCAUUCGUCGAUGCGAUCGCCAGCCGUGGUCGCGCUUGGAAAGACCUCAAUCUCGAUCUGUGGCAGAUUGAUGGGCAUGCGCUCAAGAAGGUAUUGAGCGCUUGCACGAAUCUGACAACUCUGCAAGUCAUGUAUGACGAAUCUCUCAGAAACUUGGUGAGUGUUCACUGACCUUGAGGGACUCACAGCCGAUACUGACUUUGCGCUAAAAUUGCUCCGCUUGCUGCGCAGCUCGGCCUCUCGAGCGCUUUCGCGGUCGCGCACCAACUUCGGAACUUUGCCGUCUCGAUCGACCCGGCACACGUUCCCGCCCUAUCUCCCGGUCACCCUCUCUCGCCUUCCCAAUCACCCACUUUCACGGUGUGCCCGCUCCCGUUCGGAUCCACUUCCGAGACCCAAGUCACUCCGCCCCGAGCGCACCACGGCCGUCGCUCCUCCGUUUCCUCAACCACAUCCCGAAUCUCCCUCCUCCCCGAUCAACUCGGUGCGAUCGCCCCCUCGACCAAAGACUGGCGUCGAUUCCUCAAAAAGACCCUUGCGCUCGAAUCCGUCGAAUGGACCGGUCGAGGUGGGUUGGGAACCUGGUUCUUUGAACGGACGAGCACUUUGAGUUCGAGUAUCAAGGUUGAUUUCGAGCCUUCGGCGUUUUAUGCCAAGACUUUGGUCGAGGUGGGGGAGGGUGUCGAUUUGCUGACGGGUGUGGAGGGGGUCGAUCCGGUGUUGAGGGGUUUGAUGAGACGUUCUGCUCAAGUCGACGCACCAGAGACCGUUAACUCGGUAUCUCGAGCUCCUCUUCCUGCACUGGACGAGGCGGGCAGUAGUGGAUUCUCGAACGUCGCUAAACGAAGUCUCGGAUCGUCCAUCUCGGACGGGGACACCGUCAGCGACCCUCGCUCUUCGACUCCACCCAUCGGAACUUGGACUAGUCGAUCUCACAUCGAACACCAGAAGGCAUGGGACUCAAGUACCUCAGACGAUCCACCCACUCCACCCGGCGACUCACCCUCCGGGCUCUCGCAUCUGAUCGAUCCUUCACUUACACCUUCCGAAGGAUUAGGAACGGGCGAACCAUCGACGGACGUUGCUCCUUCGACGAACUCGAAAGGCGAGCCAAAAAGGAGCUGGAGUGAGUUCGUGAUGAAUCCCGGUGUUGGUCCAGUUCAAUCUCGUAAGAUGACUUCAACAAAAUUGGGAGAAGGAAGUCAUUCUCCCAAAGAACGACCUCAACCGAUCGGAGUUUCGUCAUCGGUCUCAAAGACCCCUUCUACGCCUGUGGCCUCACCCAAGCCGACUUCAACGUCCGCUCCGGCUCCGAGUCCAACGACGGCCAAGACCUUCUCCAGCAUCGUCGGUGGUGGAGGUCCCACCAAGGUCGUCAACACUCGUUCGAACACCGGUACAGGACCAAGAGGCUCCCCUCGAACGAGCCAAGAUGGGGUCCCCUCGGGGCGAAAACCUGCUCAAACCUCGCGAGGGGGCGGCCAUGGUGCGACGCAGGCUCGCUCGACGAAAUGA